AUGGCAGGGAGCAAGUGGCUGCUCGAACCCGAAAUGCGCAACCACGAGUUCGCGUUCAAUGCCUUGCGUGCCCGGCAGCAGCAGGCCGCUCAAGAGGGACUCGUUGUCUGCGUGCCAGAGAUAUUCAGGAAUUUUGAGCAUCGCGGUUUCUACUUCCUGGUCAUGGAGUUCGUUCCGGGAAAGACACUGCGACAAAUCCUCAAAGAUGACAAGGAUUUGGGGGCAGGGCAGGUGGACCACUCCAUGCUCUUCAAGCACAUUGCUGAAGGAAUCCGCCUUCUAAUAUGUGUCAAAGCGCCACCAGGGUCCAAGCCUGGUCCGGUUGGAGGUGGCUUCAUACGACAUCCUUUUUUCAGAGACCUUGAGGCGCCUACUCCUUAUCGUGAUAUCGAGAUGAUGGAGACGCACUUGAACAAGAUCUUGAAACACAGAACACGUCGGAGCCCUAAGCCGACGCCAACCAUAUCUCUGGGAACUGAACUUCAGUUUUACUACUCGGACCUCUGUGUUGCAAAUUUCAUCUUUACCACCGUGGCUGAUCACACUGUGCUCUACAUUAUCGACUUCGGCGAGGCCGGCUUUCUGCCACCCAUCUUCAUGGACUUUGUGAUACAAGAUAGCUCAACCAGACCGUGGUCUACCACGGUCGCUGAUGGAAUCGUCAAAUACUUCCAACCUAGGGACGAAAAGAAUCUCCAGGUCAUGGGAACAGCGUGCUAUUUUGUACUGAGCUCAAGCUGGUAUUUUGGGGAAAAAGACGGCGGAGGAAAACCAGGCGAGCUUGCGCCGUGCGUCCAGAGGAUCACAAGCGACUCAGAGAUAAUUCAGGACUUGCACACGCUCAAAGCCGCCAUAAAUUUACUGGGACUGGAUCUCCGAGAGGCCGAGGUCCUUGAAGCUCAAGAGCAUCCGGGAAAGACUGAUGACAACACCAAUAUUCCCCAGCCGGUGUCGCUGCUGGACACAUGUUUGCAGCAAGCCGAGCCGACCUCGAGCGCCUCCUAG